GGGAGGCGGAAGAGCCUCUCGGCUCUGGACUCCGGAGUCCCGGGACAGCUGAGGGGCUCCCCCGGGGUACAGGAAAGGGUCGCCGGGAUCGGCCGGCUGCAUUCCGGGUGUCGGGGCCGUGAGUCCGAGGGAUGAGGAGGGGCCAUGGCCAGCGACGGGGCCAGGAAGCAGUUCUGGAAGCGCAGCAACACCAAAGUCCCGGGCAGCAUCCAGCAUGUGUAUGGCGCCCAGCACCCCCCCUUCGACCCACUGUUACAUGGCACCCUGCUCAAGGCCACGCCCAAGGUGCCCACCACACCGGUGAAGGCCAGGAGGACCAGCACCUUCCAGGAGUUUGAGAGCAACACCAGCGACGCCUGGGACGCCAGUGAAGACGACGAUGAGCUCCUGGCCAUGGCAGCCGAGAGCCUGAACACCGAGGUGGUCAUGGAGACGGCCAACCGCGUCCUGCGCAACCACAGCCAGCGGCAGGAGCGCCGCAGGCCGCCCGAGCCUCCCGCGGUGCCGAGCGGUGACCUCCGGCUGGUGAAGUCCGUCAGCGAGAGCCACACGUCCUGUCCUGCAGAAAGUGCCAGUGACACCGCCCCUUUGCAGAGGUCCCAGUCUCUGCCGCACUCAGUGACCGUCGCACUUGGCGGGACGUCAGACCCCAGCACCCUCAGCAGCUCAGCGUUAAGUGAAAGAGAGGCCUCCCGGCUCGACAAGUUCAAGCAACUUCUGGCCGGUCCCAACACGGACCUCGAGGAAUUGCGGAAGUUGAGCUGGUCCGGAAUCCCUAAGUCGGUUCGUCCGAUUACCUGGAAGCUGCUGUCGGGUUACCUUCCUGCCAACGUGGAGCGAAGACCAGCCACGCUCCAGAGAAAGCAGAAAGAAUACUUUGCGUUCAUCGAACACUAUUACGACUCCCGGCACGACGACGCUCACCAGGACACCUACAGGCAGAUCCACAUAGACAUCCCUCGAAUGAGUCCGGAGGCGUUAAUACUUCAACCCAAAGUGACGGAGAUUUUUGAAAGGAUAUUGUUUAUUUGGGCAAUCCGUCACCCUGCCAGUGGAUAUGUCCAGGGGAUCAAUGACCUCGUCACCCCUUUCUUUGUCGUCUUCAUGUGCGAACACAUAGAGGAGGAGGACGUGGAUGCCGCCGACGUCUCCCGCGUGCCCACCGACGUGCUGCGUAACGUGGAGGCCGACACGUACUGGUGCAUGAGCAGGCUGCUGGACGGUAUUCAGGACAACUAUACCUUUGCCCAGCCUGGGAUUCAAAUGAAGGUGAAAAUGUUGGAAGAGCUGGUGAGCCGGAUUGACGAGCAAGUGCACCGGCACCUGGAGCAGCACGAGGUGCGUUACCUGCAGUUCGCCUUCCGCUGGAUGAACAACCUGCUGAUGAGGGAGGUGCCCCUCCACUGCACCAUCCGCCUGUGGGACACCUACCAGUCCGAGCCCGAGGGCUUCUCCCACUUCCACUUGUACGUGUGCGCUGCUUUCCUGGGGAGGUGGAGGAAGGAGAUUCUAGAAGAGCGGGAUUUCCAGGAGCUGCUGCUUUUCCUUCAGAACCUGCCCACGGCCCACUGGGGCGAUGAAGACAUCAGCCUGCUGCUGGCGGAGGCCUACCGCCUGAAGUUUGCUUUCGCGGACGCCCCCAAUCACUACAAGAAGUGAGCCAGGGCCAGCACAGCCGUGGCUGCGGGCCAGUGGCCAAGGAGAGGCCUUGUUGGAGCGGCCUGCCCUCCAGGGGGCUGGCCAGGCCCGGGCGCAGGGGAGGGCCGGGGCCUGGCCGGGGGCGCCUCUGUUGCCUGAGAUACCAAAGAGAGCCAGGGGAGGGUCCUGGCCGCUUAGGGGGCCAGGGGUGGGCGGGCGUCUCCCUCCCUGUCCCCGGAGCGUCCUUGCCAAAUGACCACCUCCUGGAGCCCCCAGGGCACGGCAGCCCGAGAGCCAGACCCUCCGGGAGAGGCCUGCUGUCUGGUGCCAGGGGCAGAAGGAGGUGGUGGCCAUCUCAUACCUGCUUUGAAAUGCAAAAAUCCUAUUCUGUUGAGUGAAAGAGAAUAAAAUAUAGACAAAAUAA